AACUUUGAGCCCGGAGCCGAAAUGUCCGUUGACGGAUUUAAAUGCUCGAGCCACAUCUUCUCCAAAGGGACGCCGAAGCGGUUUCUGGUCGUUAGGCAGGACCGACAAAACAACACUCGAUACUUGGUGUCAUGUCUUCGGCCAAAGAAGACACGUUAUCCCCAGAGGAGCUGAGGAAAAGACUCUAUCAAACUUUUAAAAAUAAAGGACUGCUUGAUACGCUUAAAACACAGCUGAGGAAUCAGCUCAUCCAAGAGUUAAAACACCCGGCUUUGGCUGGAGGAGAACCCGUUCCCAGACUAGUGCAUGUCAAAUCUGAACCCAUUUUGGUCUCAGCCUGUAACAGCAUCGUGGCUGAUCAUCUUCGCACCUCAGGCUAUGAGUACAGCCUUUCUGUAUUCUACCCUGAAAGUGGCCUAUCCAAAGACAAGGUUGUCGUGACAGGAGACCUUCUUCAGCUUCUUAAAAUGAAUCCUGAAUCAGCGCUUGGCAGAUCCCUGUCAUCAAACGAAGGCAGAGGUGAUAAAGGGUUCCUGAUCAACCUCCUAAAACAGCUAAUGCACCAUUGUACUCGCAGCCCGUGCCAUGAUGCUGACACUCAGACAACCAGCAUCGCAAGUUAUGGAGAGUCUCUUGUUGAGAAGAUGAAAAUAAUCGAUAAGGAAUAUGAGAGCUUCAAUUGCAGUGGCGACAAAUGGUUUUCAUACCAAUCAAAACUGGCUGCGUAUAAAAAAGAAAUUGAAGCGCAGUUACAAGCUGAAAUGAAGACAAAGAUGCAACAUUUCAAAGAUGUUGAAAUUGCAACAGUGAAGAUGGAAGAAAAAGGUACAUUUCAUAAAGAAUUUGAUAAGCUGAAACACGAGCUGGAGAGGGCUUACGAGUUGAAGGCAAAGGCAUUGAUGGAGCGUGAGAAAAAUGCCAUUGAUCGAUUACAAAAACAACAAGAGAUUGAAGAAAAAAAUUUGUAUAUGCAGAGACAAUCGGUCCUGAAAGAAAUCGAAACCGUGCGAAACAGAGAGAAUGAGCUGAGGAUAAGAGCGGAGGCUUUUGAAAAGACAUGUCAAAUUCAUGAGGAGAAGAUCAAGACCACAGAGGAGAUGCUGAGGAGGAGAGAACUGGCAGUGAAGACGAUGGAGGACCUAUACGACCAAAGGAUGAAGAAUGACCUGUCCAGGUACCAGCUUGAGUUGAAGGACGAAUUCAUCAAGAGAACAGAACAACUCACCGAGAAUGAGAACAGAAACAAAGUGGAAACUGUUCGUAUCCAAAAGGAGUCUGCUGUAAUUAAUGGCAAAUUAGAGGAGCACAGCAGAGCAUGUUCAGAGCUGAGACGACUACAGGUGGAGCUGGACACGGCACAGCAGCAGAGUUCUCUGCUGACUCAACAGAAGGAGCUGUUGAGGGAAAGACUGGACACCACGAGUGACUACCCCAGCUUGAAAAGAGAGAAAGCCGAGCUGCAGGGGCAGCUGCGUCUGCUGAAGAAACAGCUGGAGGAGGCCCAAGAGGAGAACCGAUUUCUUCAUGCAGAUUUGGGCAGGCCGUCCAAGGAGCAGCUGUCCUUGCAGAUGGAGCUCCGGAGGCUGCAGAGCGCCCGCAGUCUGGAUGAGAAAGAGUCCCACAACCAGAAGCAGGUGCUCCAGGCACAGCUCCAGAGUGAGGUGGAGCGGUGUGCGCAGCUCAAGGCUCAGUUGAUGGAGUGUGAGGAGAGGUCACAGUGGAUGACCAACCACAUUGAGGAAAUUAAGAUGCAGCUUCGCCAAACUCAACAAGCUCUUGAAAAUGAAGUGCUGCGCAACCCCAAGCCAUCUCUUGUUGAUCGCUCUAUUCUGGAGCUCAGCACUGACGAGCUCGUUCCCCCUGACAUCUAUAUGGACAGAGCUCUGCUGAGGGCCACCGGAGGUGAUGAUGGUGCUUGUGAAGCGGGUGGGCCCUCGCGAGGACACAAGUCGCCUUGGAGGGGCUCUCCAGACUCCGACAUGGAGCAGGUGGCAGAGGCCAAAGCUCGGAUCCUGGAGCUGCAAAGGGAGGCUGAGACCUUGGAGGAAGCCUACAGGAACUACCAUCAGAGGGCAGUGCGCUCCACCGUCUCUCACACGCUUCCCCCAGGACCUCUUUCCCCACAACGAGCACAUCCUUCACAUCGUCCGGACUCUCCUCUAAGAAAACAAGCCGCUCACCGUUCACACACCCACUCGCCAAACAAAUCAAAGGUCUCACAGAGAGCGCUGUCUCCACCUCCUUCCAGAGCCCUCGCCUCAGCACCCUACGACACAAGAACCACCCAACCAAGAGUGACCUUCUUAGAAGACCAUAACCAACCCCAGUCCACAGUUUUCUCUGACCACAGUUUUUAUUCAUUGACUGAAUCUCUAUUUCUGAGGGAUGGACACCCUCAGGAUGCAAACGGCUCUCCUUCCAGACGCCUGUCAUCCACACCGCACUCGUCCUCUAGGAAAAAGCCUCAAGGAGAGAUUGCAGAAGAAGCAGUUGGGUCUCCGGUGGCGUUUCCGGAGUUGUCGUUUGACGGACAGCUCCCUCGUGCCCCCGACAACGAGGUGGUGGCCACAGGCGACUUUUCCCCUGAGCUCAGUCCACCUUGCAGUCCUCAGCUGAAGAGCACAGCACGAGACCAGUCCAGCUCAGAGUCUUCACCGCAGCCUGAAAGAAUAAGCCUAGAAGAUCUCACCGGGAUUGUGUCAGAGCCCGGCCACAUUCCAGAGCUUCUCCUGGACACUGCCAUCCCUCUCUGCGAGGAGGCCCCUGACAGCCCCGCUGUCCCCCGCCCACAGGACCUCCCAGAAGACCCAAUGGACUUGCAAGGCCUGACGGAAGUCCCACAAGCCUCAGCUGAAUGUGCCAGGGAAGAAGCUGAGGAGGAUGAGGAGCAAAGGUGGGAAAGGGAGCGAAAGGAAAGACUAGAAACGAGGCAAAAGGAGCAAGAGGACGCCAGAGAGAAGGUGCUGCAAGAACUUGAAAAACUUGAGAAAGAGGAGCUUUUGGAAGAGCUGGAGGAACCAGCACUGGAAAAAGAAGAUGAAGAAACGGAAAUCAAGAAAAGAGAUGAAGAGCAGACGCAAGAGGCAGAUAAUGAUGGGGAGGAGUCUAAAGGUGAAAAUCCAUUACAGAAAUACAUGAAGAUGGUUCUGGAGGCCAGAGAGAAGCAGCAUGAAGAGGUGAGUGUCUCCUGUAUAACUUCUGGGACUGGACUGGACUUGUGUGUGUGUGUUAAAGCCAGUGUGUGUCCGUGGUUUCAGAGUCCUGGAGGAGGAGAAGCAGCACAUGCCAGUUUGUCUGAGGAGAACGAUAACAGUGUUGCAUCAUAUUCACACAAGGAUGAAGAUGAUGAUUUCUGGUGAGCAGCUUGUUCCAGAGUGCCGCCAUGAACGGAUACAUUAUACAAGCCUCUGCAGUCUUGUACUGUUUUUAACGUGUGUGUGUGUGUGGAGCAUUUAUUGUUUUAUUUAUUAUUAAAUGUGUUUUUCAAAAUUAUGUUUUUGUUUGGAUAGACUGUACUCCACCAAACAAGAUCUCUCUGUCACGCAAAAGAAUAAAAACAUCACAACAGAA